AGGAAGGGGCGCGAGUGGGGAGGGCGCCGAGCAGCCGCGGGCGGCGCGCACUCCCGCUCCGGAUCUCCCGCUCGCCGGGUCCCUCGGCCGCACCGCAGGUUCGUGUGAUCUCAAGUCAAGCAAAGGUGGGAUAUCAUGGCUUCUGUCUGGGUGGGACACCGAGGGACGAUCCGCGAUUAUCCGGGCUUCAGCCCGUCAGUGGAUGCGGAAGCGAUUCGGAAGGCGAUCAGAGGAAUUGGAACCGACGAGAAAGCGCUCAUCAGCAUUCUCACGGAAAGGACGAAUGCACAGCGGCAGCUGAUUGUGCGGGAAUAUCAAGCAGCGUAUGGAAAGGAACUGAAAGACGACUUGAAGGGCGAUCUCUCUGGCCACUUCAGGCAGCUCAUGGUGGCCCUCGUGACUCCUCCGGCUGUGUUUGAUGCAAAGCAGCUGAAGAAAUCCAUGAAGGGCGCUGGCACCAGUGAGCAUGCACUGAUUGAAAUCCUCGCCACCAGAACGAGCAGGCAGAUGAAGGAGGUCUCGAGAGCCUACUACACAGUAUAUAAGAAGAGUCUCGGAGACGACGUUAGUUCUGAAACCUCUGGUGAUUUCCGGAAAGCUCUGUUGACUUUGGCAGAUGGCAGAAGAGAUGAAAGUCUGAAAGUGGAUGAGCUGCUGGCCAAGAAAGACGCCCAGAUUCUCUAUAAUGCUGGGGAGAACCGAUGGGGCACAGAUGAAGACAAAUUCACCGAGAUCCUGUGUUUAAGGAGUUUUCCUCAACUGAAACUGACAUUUGACGAGUACAGAAACAUUAGCCAGAAGGACAUUGAGGACAGCAUAAAAGGAGAGCUGUCUGGGCAUUUUGAAGACCUGCUUCUGGCUAUAGUUCAUUGUGCCAGAAACAUGCCUGCCUUUUUAGCUGAAAGACUUCAUCAGGCUUUAAAGAGACAGGUACAGUGAGGCGUUGACUAAAUUAUCUCCCCUACAUCACAGUCCGUGAAGGCAGUAAAACUUGGUUUAGAACCCCAAGCCUCAAGCCUGACCCAUGCAGCCCAGUGGCCUCUCCAGUGUCUUUCUUAAAAUCAGCCAAGUUGAGUCAGCAGCCUUUCCUGUCAUAGAAACCCUGCGCCUCCCUGUCUGCUGCUGCUGCUACAUGGUGAGGUCCCUCAGUACAGGCGUUUUUCUAGCUCUUUUCUAUCUCCAGGUCCUGGCCCUGAGCCCGGCACAUUAGAAGAUGCUUACUUCUGUCUCUUUACUGGACAUUUCCUAUGGAGGUCCCCAUGUGCCUUCAAAGUUAUGUCCAAAGUGAACACAUCAUGUCUCCCCCCUCACCCCCCACCGAGGGCUGUCCCGUGUUCAGUGACUCAGUGACUUGCCCCGACAGGAACUAGCCUCGCCCAACUCUCUGGAGUUAUCCCGUUCCCGGCCCCCAUCCUUGCCCUCUAUGCCUCGGCCACCUGGGCCUUCUUUCUGUCCUUGACUAGCCAGCUGUCUUCCCACAGCGGAGUCUUUG